AGGUCGUUGGGCAAACGUUGCACGUGACUUAGUGGAUAUAUCUACCAAUGGGCACAAACAUUUACCGGCCAUCCGCGCGCGACAUUCAAACCUUUGCUUUAGGUUUAAAACGUUUGGGAGAUUAAAUAAGCAAAGACGUUAACGUUUUAUUUUAAUUUUUAUAUUCAAGUAUAUUUGAAACUUUCAAAUUGAAAGUUAACCAUGGACUGCGUGGAUUUUCCGAGAGUUCUGCCAAAUUCACCGAGGAAAUCACGGGGACAAAUCCAGGUCAUCUUUGGACCGAUGUUUUCAGGCAAAAGCACGGAACUGAUGAGAAGAGUUCGCCGUUUCCAAAUAGCCCAGUACAACUGCUUGGUGGUCAAAUAUGCUAAAGACACUCGUUAUUCUGACUCAGGCAUGGCCACACAUGAUAAAAACACCAUGGCAGCUGUACCAGCCAAUUGUCUGGGAGAUGUUCGGUCUUUGGCGCUGCAGGCCUGCGUCAUUGGAAUUGAUGAAGGACAGUUUUUUCCAGACACAGUGGAGUUUUGUGAAGAGAUGGCCAAUUUAGGCAAGACAGUCAUUGUAGCUGCUUUGGAUGGCACCUUCCAGAGGAAGCCUUUUGGAAACAUCCUGCACCUCGUCCCUCUGGCAGAGAGCGUUGUCAAGCUCCAUGCUGUCUGCAUGCAAUGUUACAAAGAAGCUGCCUACACCAAGAGGAUAGGAACAGAGAAGGAGGUUGAAGUGAUCGGUGGAGCUGACAAAUACCAGGCAGUGUGUAGAAAGUGUUACAGGGGUCUGGUGGAUGACAAAGAGAACAGUAUUUUCUUCAGGAAGGAAACGCCGCAACAAGCCCUGGCAGGAAAACCUGUAGAUCCCAGUUUUCCCCGGAAACUUUUCUCCUCUAUCAACAUCUGAGGAAAAAUGAAACACAAUAAGUUGUGAACUCUCAUCAAUCAUCUGUGUGUGAGAUUGCAGGGUGUCAUUUUUAUCUAAGGUAUUAUUUUUGGUUUAAAUGGAUUAUUAUGCCUGCUUAAUAAUUUUAUUUUAAUCAGUAUAGUUAUGUUUUUGUUUGUUGUCAUGUUUUAUUUACUUGAAAGAUACUGGAAAGCACUUAAUAGACUUAAAUAUAAGGAAUUUUAGCAACUCACUGCCUUAGGUGCUGGGUCAAUAAUAUCUGUAUUUUUUUUCUUUUUCAUCUUCAAUUGUAGCUUAAUUCUGUCACAUGCAGUAUGUUAAAUUAUUUCUUCAUGAACAAAAUGGAUUGUUUUGCCAUCGAACACUUAAUUUACUUAUGGGUUUUUUAAUUAACCAUAAUUCAUUGUUUAUAUAUAUAUAAUUUUUUUAUAUCAUAUUGUCAUAGCACGUAAUUGCAGUCUGUGUUUCAACACCGCGGAACGUUUGUCAGUGCACGAGUUGCACCGGUUACAUUAUUGAUGCACAAGUCAGUGAUUGGCUAAUUCAGUGUUACCAGCUUAGCUACUGUGGUGCUAUAUUUAGAGAGUUUCCAGACCCAUGUAAAGAGUCUAUUUAAAAGAAGCGACUAGCGAGAAAUCUAACAACGUUUUCUUGUGUUAUUUGAGACUUUUGGGGGCUAUAUUUAUGUGUAGUUUACUUCUCAAUGAGAAAUGACCCCCGUCUACAGACAGCUGCAUUCAGAGCAGAUGUUCAGCUCUGCUAGAGGGAUCAGACUGAGAAGGAAACGUUUCCACCGGCUCAUUCCGCCCUGUAUUACUGUCACAUAUUAAUGCUUAUUGAUAAAAAUUAGAAAAGUUAAACAUACUGUAACGUGUCGUACGCUCUUUAGAGAGUAGUCGGUAUUUUAUUCAGGCCAGUUUACCUGUCGAGAUCCGUGGAUGGACGCUAAUCGGAGCUGGAAGGGGAACUGAUUUCCACACAGCACCGGAGCUGUUGGUUAAUGGCACUCCAAUUUGAGGGCUAUUCAAUUUUGGCCAGGGAUGUUUUCUAUUUCUUUUUCUACUGUUUUGAGUUGAAAUGCAAUUAAAUGGAUUUUUCCAGACAUUA